GUUUGGUCGGUGCGUUGCUUGCUGGGAAGAUGGCUAGAACGAAGCAGACCGCUCGUAAGUCCACUGGUGGCAAAGCGCCACGAAAACAGCUCGCCACUAAAGCUGCCCGCAAGAGCGCCCCGGCUACAGGGGGUGUGAAGAAGCCCCAUCGCUACCGCCCUGGCACCGUCGCCCUCCGGGAGAUCCGGCGUUAUCAGAAAUCUACCGAGCUGCUGAUCCGCAAACUGCCUUUCCAGCGCUUGGUGCGUGAAAUUGCUCAGGAUUUCAAGACCGACCUGCGUUUCCAAAGUUCGGCUGUUAUGGCUCUCCAGGAAGCCAGCGAGGCUUAUCUGGUGGGUCUUUUUGAAGACACCAACCUGUGCGCCAUCCACGCCAAGCGGGUCACCAUCAUGCCCAAAGACAUCCAGCUCGCCAGGCGCAUCCGGGGAGAGAGAGCUUAAAACCGGCUUUCCAUCUCUGCAGACUCGUAAG